AGAAACACCGGGCUAAAGAUGUGAGGUUAUUCUGGCGGAUUUUAUUUUACACUGGGACCUAGUUCUAAUUCACGAUAUUAAUUACUGGAAUACUGAUGGUUAUUGGAUCCAAAAUGGCCUGCAGUGUGGGUUGUGUCGUCUGCUCGACGUUUUAGAUCACGUGACGGACAUGGAGGGGGACACGUUUCCCGACGUGACGCUAGCCGACGCCGCGGCAAUGGAGCACCGCGCUCAGACGGCGCCCUUGCGGAACGAGAACAAUGACCUGAUCAAGGACACCUUCGUGGUCCUGAGGCCGAAGCACAAGCGGUUCCACGUCACGCGAAACCAGGUCAUCCUGACCUUCCUCGUGGUUCUCCUCGUUCUGAUCGUCGCGAUUCUCGUCACGGCUUUUGUGACGAGGUCACAAUGUGACGUCACUUGCGGGGACUGCCAGGGGUCGCAGUCGGGGUCCCUGAUCUCAGGCCUGCCCGACCCCGGGAGCAGCAACACAGGCACCAGCGCCAACUCGCUGAACAACUUCCACAAGUCCACGGCUCACGGCAACAAAAGCUACCCGUGGACCGGCAUACGGUUGCCGCGGGAUUUGAUCCCCAAACAAUACGAGAUCCGGAUCAAGAUUGACUUGACCAACUUCACAUACGAGGGCGCGGUCAAUAUCACGGUCAACGUCAACACCUCGACCAAAUACGUCAUCUUCCAUCGCAGCCUCAUCGACAUCAACGAGUCGCUGAUUAGGAUCGCGUCCAACUGCACGCCUGAGGUCAAGGUCGUGCACCAGUUCCAGGUGCCAGACAAGAACUUUCACGUGCUGGAACUGGACAGAGAGCUGGACACGGGGAGAAACUACACGGUGGUCAUCAGCCAGUACACGGGCAACCUGACCAGCAACCUGAGGGGGUUGUACCUGAGCUCAUACUUCACCAGGACACACGAGAAGAGGUACCUGUCAGCCUCACAGCUUCAGGCCACCGAUGCCAGAAAAGCCUUCCCGUGUAUGGACGAGCCGGACAUGAAGGCGGUCUUUAAGCUUACAAUUGUUUACCAGACAAAUUACACGGCCUUGACCAACAUGCCGGCCAAGGUGACGACACGGCUCAACUCUGAUUGGCUGAUGACGGAGUUUGAUGAGACCCCGGUCAUGUCCACCUACCUGAUCGCCGUGGUCGUGUCGGACUUCAAGUACAGGAACUUUACCUUCGACAAUGACGUCAGAUACGAGUUAAAAAUCUGGGCAAGAGAGGAGGCCUAUAGCCAGACUGAGCAUGCGCUGAAUUUCUCCGUGGAAACCUACAAGUUUUUCACCGACUACUUCGGCAUGCAGGACGUGGUCAGGAAGGCGGAUCACAUCGCAGUGCCAGACUUCAGUUCUGGUGCCAUGGAGAACUGGGGCCUGGUCGUGUACCGCGAGACGUCGCUGCUCUACGACCGUCACGUGUCCUCCAGCCACAACAAGUUCACGGUCACGCUCAUCGUCGCGCAUGAGAUCGCCCACACGUGGUUUGGCAACAUGGUGACCAUGAAGUGGUGGGAUGACCUGUGGUUGAACGAAGGAUUCGCCAGUCUCCUCAUGUACCUGGCCAUGGACCACGUCUACCCGCAGUGGAAUGUGUUUGCCAUCCAGGUUGUGGUGGAGAUCUUCCCUGUGAUGGUCAAGGAUGCCCUAACUACGUCACAUCCGGUUUCAUCGCCGAUAGCUGACCCAGAAGACAUCCCGCAGCAUUUUGACACCAUCUCGUAUAGCAAAGGGAUGGCGGUGCUGAGGAUGGUGAUGGACUUUGCUGGGGCCGAGAACUUCCGUAAGGGAGUGAGCAACUACGUGCAGAAGUACAAGUUCAAGAACGCCGAGAUGUCCCAGUUGUGGGACACUUUCUCUGAGUCUUUUAACUACACGUUUGAUAUAGCAAAAAUCAUGGACACCUGGACACGCCAGAUGGGCUACCCAGUGGUCACCGUAGUGGACAAUGGUGACCACUUCCUCUUGACACAAAAACGAUUUCUGCUCGAUCAGACACUGGUCAAUGGGGAUGACCAGGAGAGUCCGUUCGGGUACAAGUGGUACAUCCCGUUCACCUACGUCACACAGGAGGCGCCGUACGACAAGAAAACUAUCUGGCUAAACCUUGGCUCAGCGACAAUACCCAAGACGGGUAAAGGCUGGUUGCUAGGCAACUACGAGUUUGUGGGGUUCUAUCGAGUGAUGUACGACAAGACGAUGUGGGGGAUGUUCGCUGACCAGCUCAUGCGGAACCACACGGUAUUUCCAGAGGCCAACCGUGCAGGUCUGAUAGGAGAUGCUUUCACGUUUGCCAGGGCGAACGUACUGGAUUAUGAUGUCGCCUUGAACUUGACCCGGUAUUUGGAGAAAGAGCAGAGUUACAUCCCGUGGGAGGCGUUUCAUCAUUCGAUUGAGUUCCUGAGGGGGAUGUUGGCCGAGAGUGACGCCUAUGUCCAGUUACAGAUGUACUUGAGGAAGCUGGUCGGUCCGGUGUUUGAGGUGGUCGGUGCUUCGGACAGAGGAGAGUUACCGGAGAGGUACCUCAGACGUGUGAUCCUGUCUAUGGCCUGUGAUGUCGGAGUAGAGAACGCCGUGAUCUACGCUAAAACAAUGUUCGACAACUGGAUGAAACACGACACUCCGCUCCCACCUGACCUGUCCAUGCUGAUCUGCUCUGUUGGUAUCCGUGAGGGCGGGGCGGCCGAGUGGGACUUUGUAUGGCAGAGGAUCAAGUCCACAGAGGUGGCAGCCGAGGGUGAUAUGAUGAUGGAGAGUCUCGUCUACACACAGAAGUCUUGGCUACUGUGGAGGUACAUCAACUGGGUGUUUGACUCUGAGAAGAUCAGGUCCCAAGAUGUCCGUGUCGUCAUCAGCUACUUCUCCAAAACACCCUGGGCAAGGAUGGUGGCCGUCAACUUCGCUAUGAGUCGCUGGGACGAUUUGGUGCGAGAGUUCGGCCAGGAUCAGUUUUUGCUGAGAGAAGUUAUACCUGAAGUGACAAACUACAUCAACACCGAGUUCAACCUAAAGCAGUUUGAAGCAGUAUUUAAAGCCAACACUCCCCGGGGGGCGUCCAAGUCAGUGGACAACGCUUUAGCUUUAAUCAGGGCCAACAUUGGAUGGAUGAGAGCCAACUAUAACAACAUUAAGCAAUGGCUCAACACACACAAUCCUUAAUAUCCAUCUAACAACAAUCAUUGAUAGGGCCACAUACAAUCCUUAAUAUCCAUCUAACAACAAUCCUUAAUGUUCAUGUAUCAACAAUCAUUUGUAGGGCCAUAUACAAUCCCUAAUAUCCAUGUAAAAUAAUCAUACAAACCUUAAUAAUAUCCAUGUAGCAACAAUCAUCGAUACGACAACAUACAAUCCUUAAUAUCCAUCUAGCAACAAUAGGAAAACUUAUUCACGAGUCAUCUAGUAGUGCGGUACACAUGGUGGGUCGUUUGAUGACGUCAAGGUGAUGACAGUCUUCAUGUGUCGUCAAGCUGUGUGAUGACGAUCAAGGAACUUCCGUCAUUAUUUUACCUCUAUGACUCAAUGGCUGCAAAACAUGGACAUUUUUGUUUUUACAUAUUGAUGAUGUUUUGUACUAAAUUUUUGUGAAGUAUUUUGUAUACAAAAAUGGGAAACACACAAUUAUAUAUAUAUAUAUAUAUAUAUAUAUAUAUAUAUAUAUAUAUAU